AUGCAGACACGCCGACAGAGAAGCGAGGCUCCCAUGGGGAAGAUCUGCCAGCUGAACGACACGCCCGACGAAGACGCUCGCUCUUAUGACGAGGAUAAGGAGAAUGAGGUGAAUGCGGUGAAGCCAGGGCGUAAGAGUAAGCGGAAGGAUGGCGCUCGGGCAGGGCUUGGCAAGAAGGUGCUGUCUAAGAGACAAAAGGUUGACAAGUCAACAGGGAAUACAACGAGCCAGGAAUCGCCGCCGAUCUUCGUCUUCAAAACGUCAAAAACGUCGUUCCGCAAGAGGAAGCAACUCAAACUUGAGCGACAACAAAACGAAGAUGAAAAUAACAAGAAACGUAUCGAGGACUUGGUUGCCUAUUUCAAGAAUUUAGACAAUCUGAAACUCGAGACGGCUUGAAGCGCUGUGAGUCGCUAGCGCCUGAAGCUGAUCGCAGUAUCGAGGACUUUGGUGACGCGUCCGAUUCUCUUCCGCCUUUUUAGCCAGUCGAGGGGCAUCAAUCACUACCGUUUCCUUGAGAACGUUGAAGACAGCCUCCUGCAUCCAAGCAUGAAUUAAUUACAUCUGAAAGCAGUAAAAAAAAUCCCAAAA